AUGUUAACGGUGUUGAUACUUCUAUCGUGUUUCGUGUUACAAGGUAGUUUUUAAUGAGUUAAAUUGAAAGUGUUCCUAAAUAUUUUUUUUCAGAUGCAGCAAUUAUCAAAUUCGUCAAUUUCAAUGAUCAUUUUCAAGUGAAAAUUGAAAACGAAACAUUGAAUUCGAAUAUUCUACGGAAAUUCAAUGAGGGUUAUUUUGGAGUUCGAGCGGUAGAAUCUGAAAACGGUUCCGUUCUUUUCGAUCGCCCUAAUGUUCUUGUUUUGUGUAGUAUUCAAGGACUCGAGAAGGUUAAAUUUGAAGGGAAGGAAUUUGAAUUUAACGGUGACUUCGAAACACAAACCUUUCUCAAUAACAUGAAUCAAGAACUUGAUGAUGGUCAAUUCAAAGUUUUGACUAUAAAUGAACAUGGAACAAUUGAGGGAACUCCGAAAAAUCUUGUUGGUUUAGCCAAUAAUCAAUCGAUAACCAAGAAAACAAUAAAUCCAGCAUUGAAUGAACAACUUGGUGCUUUAUUUAAAUUGGAAACCGCACUGAAGGAUUACAAAAAAGAAGAUGGAGUUGUUCAAAUAUAUCAAAUUCAAUUGAAAUUCCCUCCAAUUCAUUCGAAACUUGAAAAUCGGACAGUAGCUCUCGAAUUAUUGCAAACUGAAUUGGGAAAUGUAAUUGGCGCAUUGAGAAAAGUUUAUGAACAUCAACUUCUUGUCGAAAUUUAUACCCACAAAAAUUCGGAACAUGUUCAUCAUCACGAAAUUCGCGACCUCAGAGAGUUUUAUAGCAAAACUUUUCAACUCGCAAUUCGAAGAGGUGUUGAUUAUCCAGCUAUGUUUCUCAUUGUUUCGGGAUUGAUUGCCUUCUUCAGCUUUGUAAGUUUAAUUAUUAGGAAAUUAGGAAAUUUAUAGUUUUUUUUCAGGCUGUAAUUGCUGCUGUAAUUUUUAUGUGGGAUACUCAAGAUAUGGGAAAGAACUCGAUCAUUUAUCGACUUACGAGUAAUUACAAGAAAAAAGUUUGAUCUUCUUGUAUUUGAAUAUAAUUGCACACGUGUCAUAAAGUUUCACAGAUCUUCAUUUUUAUUUUCAAUUUUAUUGUCCAUCUGAAACGUUAAUAUCGUUUUUGAAUAUCUGAGAAUAAAGCAAGAGCGAAAAUCGUAACUCCAUUCUAAUUUAAUGUUGCAGAUGCUGAAAAUCGGUACAUUUUUAUCAAAAAGUUUACUUCAAACAGCUCCCCGAAGAUUGUGCAGCAUUGGAGCAACAACUAAAGAAGAUGAGCCAAUUGUUUUAGAAAAGAAUCCGUACACAAAAGAGCCAAGAAAAUGUUUAUUAUGUUCGACUGGAGUUGAAUUGGAUUAUAAGAAUUCGAGAUUGUUGCAGGUUUGUCGUAUAAAAAUAUGUUUUGUGAUCUAGAAAAGGAACUUCGGGAGCCGAGUUGAAAAGCUCUUUGUUGCUCAAAAAUGUGAAAAACGGUUCCGUAAAAAUUCUCUGGUUUUCUUUUCAAAGUUCUACCUCACAACACAAUUUUUCAGCAAUUUGUUUCAACAUUUUCUGGUCGAGUUUAUGAUCGACACAUCACUGGUCUUUGCGAUAAACAACAAGAGAAAUUAAUCGAAGCAAUUGCGAAAUCAAGAAGAGCUGGAUAUAUGCCAAUCUUUGUCAAAGACCCCAAAUAUACACGUGAUCCAAAACUUUUCGAUCCACUUCGCCCACUUCGAUCACAUUCUUUUGCCUAA